UCUUACAGUAUCUGCUUGCUUGCUACUCUCUUUGUCUCUCUCUCCCUCCCUCUCUUCUCUGAAAUCUCACCGCCGUCAUCACCUCCUGUUCCUCUUACAAUGGCCGACGUUGACGCUUCAAAGCCCCCAUCAUUAGCUGAGGAUUAUUUACUGGUUGAGAAAAACCAAAACAUGGUCGUGGCUGAGGACACUGUUCAAAAGGAAAAGCCUAGUGCUGUUGAAGCCACAAAUGUUGCUAGCGAAGAAAGUAAGGACUCCAAUUCAGUUGGUGACAGUGCCGACUCAGCUCCCAGUGAGGAAAGCAGCGACAAUGCUGAAUCUGGAGACACAGCUGAACAAGAAGCUGAAGAAACUCCUGAGAUAAAGCUUGAGACUGCACCAGCAGACUUUCGUUUCCCUACUACCAACCAAACCAGACACUGCUUCACCAGAUAUAUAGAGUAUCAUCGGUGCAUUGCAGCAAAAGGUGAAGAAGCACCUGAGUGUGACAAAUUUGCUAAGUAUUAUCGCUCUCUUUGCCCCGGUGAAUGGGUCGAUAGAUGGAAUGAGCAAAGGGAAAAUGGCACUUUUCCAGGCCCUCUGUAAUUGAUGCCCCACAAAACUAUCAAACAUUCUCAAAUCUGUUUGAUGCAAGGAGAGUUUCUUAUUCUUGAAAGGUCCGAGUAAUAAGAGAAUUUGGCUUGUUCUUGUGAGCACAUGAAGCUCCAACUCGUAAACAAAGUGUGGCCUCUUUGAACCGCAUUUUUGUCUAAUGUAUCUUUUAUCUGAUUACAAUGAUAAGUAUACCCAAUUUCCGUA